AUAUAAAUUGACAUUGAAGUAAUUUUAUACCGGUGUAACGUGUCUCAUUUGAAACUUACAUGAAUAACAUAACCUCUUCCGGACAAAACAUAACCUUAAAAUUAAUAUUAGAAUAUUUGAAUUGAUAUGUCACAAUAAGUACAGAUAUAAAAUUUAGUCCUUAAAAAAUGUCCAUAGCGUAGCUUUCAGUGCAUAAGAAAUUGUAUAAUACAAUAAAAAUAAAUAUUGAUUGUACAGAUUUAAAAGGAAGCCAUUUUCUAUUAUGUAGAUAGUAAACCUACUAUAGUGAGACUUUUGUCUCAAUAUCAAAUACGCGCAUCAUCGAGGGUCUACAGUUCUCGUGCGACAAAAGUAAAUAUUGCAAAGUGUUCACAGUAUUUUACGGGAGGAAAAGAAAUUUUUCUCCUGGAAGUAUCACGAUGUCGUAUUCGUUCGUUUGAACAAUAAAAUAAGCGAAACGAAGAUGAUGUUUUGCUGUUUGAGGAACUGUUUUGACGGCCUUGGCUUUGCCGCAACACAAACUCCGAAGAAAGAACCAAAUCCUAUAGCUUUAGAUACAUCUUACAUGGGACAUGAAGUUGUGAUAGUAAAAAAUGGUCUAAGAGUGUGUGGUCGUGGUGGUGCCUUAACGAAUGCUCCGCUUGCCCAAAGUAAAAGUUAUUUUGAAGUUAAAAUACAGCAAGGUGGUAUAUGGGCAAUCGGAUUAGCCACAAGAAACACAGAUCUGAAUGUUGCGACUGGGGGAAAUGAUACAGAAAGUUGGGCUCUUAAUUCGGAUGGUAUUAUAAGGCAUAAUCAGCAAGAAGUACAUAAAAUACAAAGCCAGGUUCAAGAAGGCGAUAUUAUUGGAAUAUCUUAUGAUCAUAUAGAACUUAAUUUCUAUUUAAAUGGAAAAUCAAUGGAUGCACCUGUGAUGGGCAUAAAAGGAACUGUGUUUCCAGUACUUUACGUGGAUGAUGGGGCCAUUUUAGACUUAAUUUUGGAUAAUUUCGCUCAUCCUCCACCUACAGGAUUUGAAAAGAUAAUGCUAGAGCAAUCGCUGCUCUAGCAAAAAAGUGUUAAGGUAUUAUUGUCAUAUUCUUUUGGGAUUGACUUUAUCAAAGCAUUUUAUGUCCAUCUUAUAUUUGUCUAAUGUUAAAAUACAGAAUCAAAAAUUGUUAUAAUUUAAACAAGCUCUUAACGUAAUUUUACGAACAAAGUAUAUUUCUCUUAAUGAUAAUGUACAAAUAUAUUUAAUUAGCAAUUGCAAAAUAAACAUUUUAAUUUAUA